AUGUCAUCUCAAAUUACAAAGAAGCCAUCUUUAAAGCUAUAAUUAAACAAGAAGACUUUGGAUACAUUGGCAAAGGAGAAGACUAUUAUUCCUCCCAGCUCCAAAUGCUCUCAGAAGACAGUCUCUUCAAUAAAUACCACCAGUUGUACAUCAUCGUCUUCCAAAUAAAACUACCCCUACAAGGAAUCAAAGUCGAAUGCCUCCAAAAGUUCAGAAGAACAUUCACAAUUAAUUCAAUAUUUGCUCUAAGAAAAUAUUGAAUUAUAAAAACAGAACCAAGACAAGGAUUACUUGAUAAAUUUCUUAAGUAAAAAACAUUCCCCAAAGAGAAGAUCUGUAAUAAACACAGAAAGGAGCACUGAAAUCAAAUCUUAAAAACUUCCUUAGAUUUAAUAAGCUAAAAGCUCUUUAGAGAUCGAUAAUUUAAACGAUGGAGUCUGCACACCAUUUUGUUUUACAUUUUGCCAAUAAGAUAUUCAAAGCUAAUAAAGUGUAAGAAAUAAAAAAUUGCCUAAAGAAUUUUAAAUUGUACCAAACAAAAAAAGAUAUUUUAUAUGAUUAUAGAAAGUUAAAUAAUGAUGAUAUUAUAUUUCAAUAUUUGUGUAUAUAUUCAAAAAAAU